AUGGCUCCUGUCAUCGACAACGUGGUCCGCCGCUCCUUCGACCCAGGCGCACCUUCAGACGCUUUUCGGUCACAGUGGAAACAUCCGGGCGAUAUUUUCACGCUCUUGCUGAUCAUCGGCGGUGAUGUUGUCGCGCGUGCUCUCGCUCAACUCGCCGGAUCUCCCAUUACCCCCGUUGCGUUCUCUUUCGGAUGGGUGGCUUAUGCGGCUGCUGCAGUUGUCUCCGCAGUAGGCGAGAACAAGCUCAUGCCUCUCCCGGACUGUGAUUGCCAAGUCAUCAAUGGCAAGUCGGGCUACGUGCGGAGCAACACCAGCUGGGUGAUCGGUCGAAUCGUGAGAGAUUUUGAGAGCUGGAUGGACAGAAGCGAUCCGAGUGGCAGAGUGAGAGCACAAGUAGACAAGAUGCUUCGGGAUCGUUGGGAGUACGAUAAAGCCCAGGCAGAGAAGGCCGAGCCUGGUGCCGGAGCAAGAGUUGAGAAACCAGUACAAGCCGGUCUUUGUGUGUCUAUCUACCAGCCAGGGCAGGCUACUAAAGGAUAUCCCGGCUACGAUCUUGUCUACUGGAUGGGGUUUGCCACCGCCAUCCUGCAACUCGGUAUCGCAGCGAUUCCUUGCGGCCUUUUUGGUGACUGGGGAAUCCUUCUGAUCACUAUUGCCGGGAUCCUACUCUCAUUCGCGACCGGAAGCCUGCCGCAAUGGCGUGCGGAGAAAUGGGCAUGCCGACAGAACUCUACCAAGUCCGUCAUCUUGACCAAAGGCAACGGAAGCCAACAUGCCAUUGUCAUCGUGGGCAACGGAAAGGGAUUGGACCUAGAAGACCUUGCCGCCGGACAGACGAAUGUAAAUUUCUCAGCCUCAUGGGAUACCAGAGCCUGGACACUCAUCUUGGCUACCCUCUGGAUUCUCUUGUUAAUCACGGCAGGGGGGCUGUCGCGGAAUACGUGGUUCUUACUUGCCAUUGGUGGGAUUGGGAUCUUGCAGAAUGUUUUCGUCGCCGGAUUUCGAAGAUUCCCGGAGGCAUAUGGGAUUCCACUCACUUUGGAAAACGUCAUUGGCUCUCCCAAGGUCAUGGAAACGCUAUAUGCGGUGGAAGAACAGUAUCCUCGGAUUGGCGCCAGCAUGAGAGCGACUUUCUUCCCGGGCGACCUAAGGCCCGACGAAGAGGAGAAAUGGCAGCGUUUCGCGGACAAAGCCAAGGCACAGAAGAAUCGUCGGGAACAGACUCGAGAAAAUCACAACGACAAUGCCCUGGCUGGUGCAUCCAGAAAGGUUGCCGAUGAUGACAAAGGCGGAAACAAAACUACCGUCACGAUCAAGGCUGGAGACAAAACCGCUGACAGCAACAGCGGUGACGAUUCCAAUCAGCGGGCGGGUGCCUGA